AUGGGGAAGAAGGCCGCCGCCGUGAUCUGCGGGACGGCGAGCGUCCUAGGCCUCCUCGCGGCUAUCCUAGGAUUCGCCGGCGAGGGCACCAAGUCCCAGGUGCCGCAGAUCACGAACAGAGCUGACACAGUAGUGCUGGUGCAGUCGUUUGUUGGGUUCGACGGGGUGAGGUGCGUGUACCGGAGUACGGCGGCGCGGGGUUGCGGCGUCGCGGGCGCGCUGUUCCUCCUGGCGGCGCAGGUCCUCCUCGCCGCCGCCACCGGCUGCUCCGGCUGUUGCCGGCCAGAGACGCGGAAGAUCCCGUCCGAGACCAAGCGCGUCUUCGCCGUCGCCAUGUACAUCCUCUCAUGGAUCCUGAUGUUCAUCGCGGCGGCGCUGUUUUUCAUCGGCGCGAUGUGGAACACGGCCGGGAAGCGGAAGCCGGCGGAAGAGACCAGCACCGCCGAGGACUGCUACGUGCUGCAAACUGGGGUGUUCGCCACCGCGUCCGCGCUGUCCCUCAUCGUCGUCAGCUUCGGCAUCGGCUCCUACUUCCUGCUCGGAGCGUCGGCGCCGCCACGGGAGCAGCAGCCGGAGAUCGCUCUGGGGCAGCCGCCACCCUACUUCCAGGCCCAGCCCCAGCCCCACGGCGGCUAUCCGGCCGGUACCACCUGGCAGACACGCGUAUGA